CCCAACGAACGAACGAGCGUACGGAUUAUAGAACGAGACAUUCGGAAUCAGCCGAAAUACUAUUAUAUUCAGCGAGAAACCGUGCAACCUAGAAAUCCAGAACCAUGAAUUGCCUAUCAGCCAUGUUCAAGUACCUGCUGUACUUCCUCAACCUGAUCUUCGUGAUCGGCGGCAUACUGCUGAUCGUUGUCGGUUCCAUCAUGCUGUCCACGAUGGGUAACUUCACGGCCUUCGAGGGAGCUAUCAAUACGCAGACCAUCCCAAUCAUCAUUAUUACAAUCGGCUGUGUGACGUUUUUGGUGGCCUUCUUCGGCUGCUGCGGCACGAUCCGGGAGAAUGCCUGUUGUACUACAAUCUAUGCCAUCUGUAUGCUGGUCUUGUUUGCCCUGCAAUUGGCUCUGUCGAUUUGGAUCUUUGCGGCGAACGACAAGUUCCUGGACAAGAUGAGCACAGUGGUGAACACGGCCUGGAAUGAGAACAACGCCGCCCAGGGCUAUCCCAUGGAUGCCCUCCAAUUGGCCUUCAAGUGCUGCGGAAACACUGGCUACCAGCAAUACGAAUCUUCAGUCCCCGCUUCCUGCUGCGGCUACAAGGAUCGCAAUCAGGUGUGCGAGGCUGCCAUUUACACCCAGCGUCUUGGCUGCAAUGGCGAGUUCGUCGACUUCUGGGCCUCCAACACGGACCUCAUUCGAUGGAGCAGUCUGAUCAUCGCGCUCUUCGAGCUGGGCAUCUUCAUUGUGUCCUGCUGCCUGGCCAGUGCCAUGAGGAAGCGCUGAUAUGGAGCAUCCACGCCUGAAUCAUCCCAUUAGCUGUAGCUCAGUUCCUAGCAUCCAUGCAGUUGAAAGUACAUGCAUACAUCAGUCGCCAUAAAUAAAUCAAAUAGGUUAAGCUCAAUCAAGUA